CUGGCCUGGAACUUUCUGUGGAGACCAGGAUGGCCCCGUACUCACAGACACCCAUCUGCCUUUGCCUCCUGGAUACAGAAUUGAUAAUGGGCACCAUUACAUUCGUUGAAACAAGAGUAUUGAUUCAAAGAGGGAUUUAUGAAUUGACUUAUUUUAAAACCCUUAACAUGUUUUAAAAUGUAUGUGUAUGAGUGCAUGCACAUUGCAAAUUCCUUGGAGGUCAGAAGAAGUCAUUCAAGCCUCUGGAACUGGAGUUUUGGGUUCUGGGGAUUGAACUCUGGUCCUCUGGAAAACCAGCAAGCUCUCCUAACCGCUGCACCACCUCUCCAGUAUUUGUAUAAGGAUUUGCAAUGAUGGCCCUGGUUCUGAUUCCUUCCAAUACAAUAUAUAAUCCUCCCUGCCACCCCCUGAAGACAUGGAGCUAAUUGGAGCCUUCUGUAAUGAUUUCUGCAAUAGAAAAGCCCACUGUGUGCAAAUAAAACAGACUGACAUUAGUACUUAUAAUAGUAAGAGAUUUAGCUCAUUUAAUUCUCCUAGGAGUCUAAAAACAAAUUCCUAGAUUUUAAGCAGGGUGUGUGUGUGUGUGUGUGUGUGUGUGUGUGUGUGUGUGUGUGUGUUUGUGUAUAUGUGUGUGUAUGUGUGUUGUGUGUAUGUGUGUUUGUGUAUAUGUGUGUAUGUGUUUGUGUAUAUGUGUGUGUAUGUGUUUGUGUGUAUGUGUGUUUGUGUAUAUGUGUGUGUGUUUGUGUGUAUGUGUGUUAUGUGUGUAUGUGUGUGUGCUUGUGUGUAUAUGUGUGAGUGUAUGUGUGUGAGUGUGUGUAUGUAUGUAUGUGUUUGUGUGUGUAUGUUUGUGUGUGUUUGUGUGUAUGUGUGUUUGUGUAUAUGUGUGUAUGUGUUUGUGUGUAUGUGUGUUAUGUGUGUAUGUGUGUGUGUUUGUGUGUAUAUGUGUGUGAGUGUGUGAGUGUGUGUAUGUGUGUAUGUGUUUGUGUGUGUAUGUUUGUGUGUGUUUGUGUGUGUAUGUGUGUUAUGUGUGUAUGUGUGUGUGUUUGUGUGUAUGUGUGUUAUGUGUGUAUGUGUGUGUUUGUGUGUAUAUGUGUGUGAGUGUGUGAGUGUGUGUAUGUGUGUAUGUGUUUGUGUGUGUAUGUUUGUGUGUGUUUGUGUGUGUGUGUGUGUGUGUGUGUUUGGUGUCCUCUGCAAUCACUUUUCACCUUAAUUUUUGAGGCAGGGUCUCCCACAGAACCAGGCAUUCACCAGUUCAGCUAGACUGGCUGGCCAGCCCGCCCUGGGGGUCCUCCAGACUCUGCCUUCCAGCACUGGGCCUGCAGGCACAUCUGGCUUUUAUGUGGGCUCUGGGGAUUGAACUACCUCGUGCUAGAGCAGCAAGAGCUUCGCUGGCUACGCCAUCUCUCCAUCCCCAAACCCAUUUAAAAAUAUUAUAAUACGGUUUGGACUUUUGCAGAUACAAGUCCUACUGUCUGGGAUUAGGUUGUUUUUUUUUCUCAUCUUUGUGUCUGUGUUUAGUUUUGUUAAACUAAGAGGCCCCGAGCGCUGUGAAAGAUUAACAGUUGGAGUCUCACAGAAUGUAAUUUGAGUAUAAUCGUGCUCUGUUUGGUUAAUAAUAAUUCCUUCCCAUUGGUACAUUUCCAAUGCUAGGUGAUAUCUCACUCAUUAUUUAAUAUUCAGGUAAUACUUAUUUCUGUCUGUGGGAAAGAUUCAAAAUGUUCUGUUCUCUUUAAAUAUUAACCACGGACUCAGUGGGGCCUGACGUUCCAGACAGGUGCAGAGAGUUUUAGUCAGAACAAGUAGGAAGGAUUGAGAUAGUUGGCGUCUUAUUUUGUUUGUGAUUUUUGAGUCUGAGCCUUGCUGUGUAGUCCAGCCUAGCAUCAAACUAUCAAUCCUCCUGCCUCCUGCUGGAGAAAUAGGAUGUAAGCGCAUCUGUCUUCAAGUCUGUAUGUAUCAACCAGAGACCUACUCAGGAAUCUUAUUCCUCCAGGCGGCCACAGGAGGGUGCGAUGCGCCCACAGAACAGCAGAGGCGCUCCUCCGCCUGGUACCCAGAGAGAGGCUGUGCUCCCUCACCAGACCAGACAUCCAAAGGGAGAAACACCAAGCUUGCCAAAGCGGGUCAACCUUAGUCUUUCAUAGAAUUAGCAAUAAGGCUCAGGCUUGAUUUAACUUCGCCAAAUAGUCCUUUAGGAUAAGAGCCGAUGUUCAUCCCCCUAACUCAAAAUGCUGGAGACAGUAAGCAAUUGGAUGUCAGGGAUGAACAUGGGGUCUCAUAGAACUCUUUGUUUGCUGUAGAAACAGAGUCCUAUUUGCAAUUCCUGGUGUGCGAGAGUCCCAAAGAUUGACAGGAUGUAAUGCUCUAAGGCUGCAGUCACCAUUUACCUGAGCGUGUGACAUAAAACGAAGCAAACCUCUGGCAUGCAGGUGCCCAGAGUGUUCCUUACCUCCUGAGAGUAAGCCUUUAAUGGGGGGUGGGGGGAUGCCCAUUUGUCCCAGGUCCAGGAGGCCUUGCCCCUGGGAUUCCUUGGUUUAGCUUAGAGGAGUCCUAUACUGUGGCUGGUGUCUCACAUUGAUGUCCCCUUGGCUGCUGGGCCCUUGUGAUCUUUGCUGAAUGAAUUCGGAUAAGACAGGUGGAAUGUAGAGUGGAAGGUGGAUGCAGUUUAUCACAGAAUAGCAUGAGGUCACUUUGGGGAGGUCAGAGAGCAAUGGCUAAAGCAGUGACAAGCAGAUGGCUUGCACAGGGUGAGAGAUGACAGUGUCCAGAGACACCACUGAGCCAACCUCCAUAUUUAGGUAGGCUCAUACUACUUCUAAACUCCAUAGAGCAAACAGAGUUCUUGAGAGACAUUUUCCUGGCCAGGUGAUUAACAGGCACACUUGGACUGUCACUCUUGAGAGGGAACAAAGGCACAUGAAGCCCGAGGCUAGGUAAGAAUGUUAUUUUUAGAUUCCUGGAACUGUGUAGGUAGUUAUCAAUUAACAGCCUCCAGCAUGUCAAGUCUCUUCCUAUGGCUGCAGUAGCUAGAGACUAGCUGCUGCUGUUCUUGGUUUUACAAGUCAAUGGUUAUGAGGGGGUGUUUGGCCCUAAUGGCCUUCAAGCCUGCCAAUAAUUAGCUUGCUAUCUAAAAAUAGCACGCAUUUGCAUUAUGCCCUGAAUUAUCUGAUUCUUGUUGUAGAUGUGAUGAGAUUCCAAGAUUUUCACUCUUUUUUAAGCAAUGCUGUGGAUUAGACAGCAGGAGGAAACCAUCUAGCAGGGCUGGGGAGCUCAUUCAGUGGGUAAAGCACUUGCUACACAUGCUUGAGAACCGAGUUCGGAUCCCUGGCAUCUUUGUAAACACCAGGAGAAGGUGGUAGCUUCCUGCAAUGGCAGCUUGAGAGGCAAAGACGGGAUAACUGGAUCAACCUGACUGGCCAACUUAGUGGGCUGAGUUCAAUAUCUAAAACAGAGAGUGAUUGAGAAGGAUACCUGACAUCAGUCGCUUACUUCCACAUGUGCACCCACACAUACAUGCGUUCUACACACACACACACACACACACACACACACACACACACUUGGACUCGUGCUGAAAUACAUGGAUAGUUUUAGUGGAUUAUCCCUAUGAUGUGGCCACUUUCUAGUCUGGGGAGAGUUUCACGUUCCUUCCUUUAAAGAUUUAUUUUUGUUUAAUUGUGUGUGUGUGUGUGUGUGUGUGUGUGUGUGUGUGUGUGUAAGUGUGUAUUCAUGCACAUGUGAGUGCAAUGCCUUCAGAGGCCAGAAGCAACAGAGCCCCUGAAGCUGGAGUUAAAGGCAGUUGUGAGCCUCCUGACAUGGGUGCCUGGAACCAAACUCAAGUCCUUUGCAAGUACAAUAUACUUUCUUAACCACUGAGCCACCCCUCCAGCCCUGAGAGUUUCAUAUUUCUGAAGCUAUGAAUCAGAGGCCCUGGGUUGAUGUGAUGGGUCCUCAUCUCCCUGGUCGAACCCUAGCAGUCCUUUGUGUGCCAUUCAUCUAGAUAGUCAAGCUCACUUGGUAUUAGUUCUGCCAUAGCUGGUAAUACACCUGCUGGGGAAAUUGGCAAUUACAUCAGGAAGCCACCAGUUUGUUUCCCUUGGGUGUUUUGUUUCUCAUCGAUGUUAGAAAGUCUCUUUCUUCCAGACUUGGGUUGUAGCAAACUGGUCCCCAAACCCAAUAGCCAAUCUGAGUGCUCAAAGAACAAGAUUGUAGCCUCCUGUUUGUUUUUUAUCUGUGAAGACAGUAGCUUCUAGAAAGAGUGGUUCUCAAGUUGUGGGUCACAAUCCCUUUGGGGGUCAAACAACCCUCUCACAGGAUAUCAGAUAUCCUACAUAUCAGAUUAGGGAGAACCUCUUGUGGACUGUAUGGAAGCACCACCUGUCAAUAAAAAGCUGAUAGCCAAUUAGCUUAGACAGGAAAUAGGAGGUGGGAGUUCUGGCAGAGAGAGAGGAACUCUGGGAUAGAGUCAGGCACCGAAGAUUCCCCCAACUCUGAGGAAACAGAUACAUAACACUGAGAAGGUAACCAGCCAUGUGGCACUCGUAGGAUAGAAUAAACAGGUUAAUUAAGUUAUGAGCUAGUCAGUGAAUGAGCCUAAGCUUGUAGCCUAGGCAUUUAUUCAUAAAUAAUAAGUUUCAGAGUCGUUAUUUCAGGAACUGGGGUAUGGGUGGAAAAGCCCGUGAUUAUACCAGAUAUUUACAUUAUGAUUCAUAGCAGUAGCAGAGUUACAAUCAUGAAGUAGCAACAAAAUAAUCUUAUGGGGGGGUUGCCACAAUACAAGGAACUGUAUUUAAGGGUCACAGCAGUAGGAGAACCACUGGGCGAGAGUCCCACAGGUGCCCAUAAUUGCAAUUUGGGAAGAAGAAGAAAAGAUUUUGAAUGUUUAUACUUUAAAAUGUUUAAAGGCAAAACUUGCCCUGAUUUGGGCAUGAUCCCAUGUAUAGAAGUAUACUGUGUUGAAAAUCAGUAAUUCACAAGUGCAUAAAGCUCUUAUGUAUUGGUUUGAUAAAAAGAGGUGAUAUGAGCUGGCCUAUAUACUAGACCCAGGACCAAUGGCUUCCAUCACCGUCCCCGCCUGCUUGGGGGAUGGUAACCGCAGCUUGCUUACAAAAGUGCUCUAACCCAUUGGACACUAGCUUCCUAUUUCCUGCUUCCUUAGCCUUGGAAACCAUAAUUCUGAUUGCUGUUUCUAGAGGUCUGAUGUCUCUGGGUACCUCGUAUGACUGGGACUCUGCAACCAUGACUGGAUUCUUUCUCUUGGAAAUUUCAUGCAGUGUCUUUGAGGCUCAACGAUGUCAGAGCAUGUGUCAGAAGCAGAGUCCCUUCCUUUACAGGCAAAUCAAUACUCCACACCCACACCACACUUUGUAGAUCCCUCCAGCCAGUACUGAGUGACAGGUCUGACUGUGAUGGACGAUGUCACUGUGGACAUGGGCUUUGAAACCUCUGUUCUUUGGGGAAUACACCUGGGAAGGGAACUUGGGGUGUAACUGUUUGAGUAAUUGCCACUCUGCAUACUGUCUUUCAUAGUCUCAGAAAUCGCUUCCUAUUGCCACCAGGGAUAUAAAACGCUGUGACUGUGUUCAUCUUUGCAGCAUUUGCUAACAGCAUUACUCUUGUUUUGGAAUAACGUGCAUUCUCAGGAUGCGAUGAUGCCUCUCUGGAAUUUGAAACUAAAUUUCUCUUAUGGUUAGUGAUGGUAAGCGCAUGCCUGUGUGUGUCUGUGUGUCUCUAUGUGUAUGUCUGUGCAUCUAUGUGUGCCUCUGUGUGGGUCUCUGUGUGUCUGUGCAUCUCUGUGUGUGUUUCUGUGUGUGUAUAUGUGCCUGUGUCUGUGUGUGUGUGUCUGUGUGUGCAUCUGUGUGUAUGUGUGCACAUGCGCGUGCAUCUCUCUGUGUGUGUAUCUGAACUCAGGUUCUCUUGUUUCACAGCAAGCACUUUACCCAUGGGCUUCCCCAGUCCCAGGAGCAUCUUUCUUUGUGCUGCUCAUUGGUCACUCUUCACAUCCUUUGUCCUUUUCCCCGCCCAGCUGUUUGUUGCUGUCGUUUGGAAUUCUUGCUUGUUUGCUCAAAUAUUGCUUUGGUAUGAUUUAUUUGGGGUCAUAUGGGUGUCUUGCCUGCACUAUAUCCGUGCACCACUUGUGUACCUGGUGCAUGUGGGGCCAGAGGAUCCCAUGAAGUUGCCAACAGUUGUCAAUCACCAUGAGGAGGCCGGGAAUUGAACUCUGGUGCCCUGGAAGAGCAGCCAGUGCUCUUAACAGAUGAACCAUUCCUCCAGUCCCUCUGCCCAGUUUUACUGGGGAAAAAUGGACAAUGAUUGAACAUUUGUGUAAGGAACCUUAAAGCUUCUUGCAUUUGCAGGAUGCUAUUCAGUUCAUUUCUUUUAGCAGAGAAAUGUCUAGCAAAGACUCCCAUCCCAAGAUUACUUGUUAUAAGUAUACAUUUUUUCACGGAGUGAGUGACUCAUUCAUUCUCAUGUCAUGCACGAGGUGUUAACUGGCUAAAACUCUGUCUUCUUACUGGAAUGUGGGCCUGCUGUGCUGUGAGUGGUGCUGGGGUGUCUCCUGCCGGGCACAGCACCCCCAGCUGGGAUUUCGGAGGCACUGCAUCCUUCUCUGCUUGGUUAACCUCAGGUUUUAAAAUCCCUUUCAGUUCACGGCCUCUAACCCUGGCCCAUUUCCAAAUCCGACAGAGGCAGGGCCCUGCUCUGCUGCUGUGAUUUCUAUCCAGUCACCUGUGACACAGCCCUCUGCUCUCGGGCAUGCCAGUCACAAAGCCAUACUUCGUGACUGUGGCCGUCCUGCUGAUCCUGGUUGACAAGACCACAGGUGGCCUGUUCGGACUCCGCAGUGGCAAGAGGCGAGAGCCAUGGGUUUCGUGUGAGCUUUACCAGGGCAGCUGCAGAAAUGCCUGCCAGAAAUACGAGAUCCAGUACCUGACCUGCCCCAAGAAGAGGAAAUGCUGCCUCAAAUUUCCUAUGAAAAUUACUCGUGUCUAACUCUGAGAGGGGCCUGGCUUGCCCACCGCGAAUGUUUCAAGCUACUCUCAGGUUUGAAUGUCGCCAGCGUCAUCCCUUCUUGAAGUAAUUUCCCCCACAUUCUGGAAUGUUCUUAUAAAAACGCACUCCUUUCUUGUG